AUGACUAGGAUAAACAAACGUGUGUCUGCGGCUAAUCAUUCAACGGCUCAUUUUCGGGCAAACCUAACUCACGAUCAGAUAGCCGCCCGUCAGGUUAUUCCUCGUGAUCUUCCGAAGUUUGGUGGCGAUCCGGAGGAGUGGCCCAUUUUUAUAUCAACGUUCGAAAGCACUACACAGAUGUGUGGUUACAGGGAGGAGGAGAAUAUGAUUCGGCUUCGGAAUUGUUUAAAGGACGAUGCGCUAAUUGCGGUCCGAAGUUUCCUCAUGCAUCCUGCAUCGGUCCCGAAGGCUAUCAAUACACUGAAGAUGCGUUUUGGUCAGCCACACUGUAUCAUUCGAGUGUUGAGAGAGAAAGUGCUGUCUGUCGCACCAGUAAGAGCAGAGGCGAUGGACAAAUUAAUUGAUUUUGCCUUGGCGGUGCAAAAUUUGUGUACCACUAUCGACGUAUGUGGACGCAAGGAAUACAAACGUGAUGCGACGCUGUUGCAAGAACUCGUCGGAAAACUUCCGGCCUCGAUCAGGUUGGAUUGGGCAAGAUAUCAGAAAACGAUAAGAAAAGUGGAUUUGUUUACAUUCAACGAAUGGAUCUAUGCUGUUGCGGAGGACGCUUGCUUAGUAUCGGACAUUCAAUCCUCUAAGACAAAGGAAUAUGUAAGCAAUAGAAAGGGUAAAGCGUACAUAAACGCACACUCUGAGCACACGUUUACUGAAGCUUCAGUCCAAAGGGCCAAUAGUGACAAUCAAGCAAGAACAGCCGAUUCGGAAUCUACAAAGAUGUGCCCAAUCUGUAAGAAUUCCUGUAGAAACGCGAGCAAGUGCAGUAAAUUUCUGGGACUUUCGUACGGAGAGAGGUGGUCAGCAGUUAAGAACCUGAAAAUCUGUCGUAGGUGUCUUAGGCAACAUAAAGGAGCUUGUAAUGCUCAGCCCUGUGGAAAGGAGGGUUGUACUUUCAAGCACCAUGAGCUGUUACACAAGGUGUUUUCAGUUACAGACGAAACAGAAAAGGGAAUCGAAGGUCAGGAGCAUAGCGUGCACACUCAUUUGUCCACAAUGGGUGGUAGAAUGUUCCGUUACUUACCAGUCAGGCUAUAUGGAAGGGAUCGGCAAGUAGAAUGUUAUGCAUUCCUGGAUGACGGUUCGGAAUUGUCGUUAAUUGAUCGCGAAAUAGCAGACCAUUUGCGGAUCAGUGGAAGCACGAAACCAUUGUGCCUAAAAUGGACCGGCGGAACUCAUCGGUAUGAGAGUGAGUCACGCUGUAUCGAUAUCGAAAUUAGUGGUAGCUCAGGUAGAAGGUUCUGUCUGGAAGAUGUUCGCACUGUAGACGCAUUGCAGCUCCCAGAACAAACAGUGGACUUCGAGCGGCUGUCAAAUAGUUUCCCUUACCUAGCAGGAUUACCCGUGCACUCGUAUAAGGAUGUUCGCCCACGAAUACUGAUCGGACUGAAACAUGCAAAUAUAACACUGGUUCGAAAAAGUCGAGAAGGAAAACAGGGUGAACCCAUUGCGGUAAAAACUUUGCUCGGCUGGACAGUAUACGGAGGAUACACCAAGCUGGAACCAAAAACCGAUUUUCAUUAUACAUAUCAUGUGUGCGAGUGCAAUCAACGACUUGAUGAUGAUUUGCAUCGUGCUGUCAAAGAUUAUUUUUCGCUGGAAAGCAUUGGAAUAGCUAAACAAGAGCGAGCUUCAGUAUCGGAUGAUGUUGAACGAUCUCUUCGGCUUUUGCAGACGCACACGAAACUCAUUGACGGCCGGUAUGAGACGGCGCUCCUGUGGCGUUUCGAAGACAUCCGUUUACCGGAUAGUCGACCAAUGGCAAUUCGUCGAUUCAAGUGUCUUGAAAAACGGAUGGAACGCGAUCAAAUGCUAGCUCAAGCGCUUCAAGACAAGAUCGAUGACUAUCGCAACAAAGGCUACAUCCGCGAGUUGUCGGUAGCCGAAAUGGAACAAAGAUAUCGCCGAGUGUGGUAUCUCCCAGUUUUCCCGGUUUUCAAUCCAAAUAAACCGGGGAAAGUCAGAAUAGUAUGGGAUGCGGCCGCAUCUGUGCACGGAGUAUCGUUAAAUUCAGCGUUAUUGACAGGUCCCGAUGAGCUGGCGUCAUUACCCUCUGUGCUGUUCAAAUUUCGGGAAUUUCGUUUUGCGGUGGUGGGAGACAUCCGCGAAAUGUUCCACCAGGUACUCAUUCGUCCUGAAGAUCAACAGUGCCAGCGUUUUUUGUGGCGGAAUAGUUGCGACGAGGAGCCGAAAGUGUAUAUAACGCGAGUAAUGACCUUUGGUGCAUGUAGCUCGCCUAGCACAGCGCAAUUCAUCAAGAAUCGGAAUGCAGAAAGGUUCAAGGCUGAGUAUCCGCGUGCUGUGGAGGCAGUGAUCUCGAAACAUUACGUGGAUGAUCUGUUGGCUAGUGAAGAGACUGAAGAAGCAGCCAUUGAAUUAGCCAAAUCGGUACGUUUCGUCCACGCGCAAGGGGGGUUUGAAAUUAGAAACUGGCUAUCAAACUCCCAGCGUGUGCUAGCUGCGUUGAAUCAUCCAACGGUCAAGGAGAAGAACAUGAAUCUGCAGGCAAAUCUUGCGACCGAAAAGGUUCUCGGAAUGUUUUGGAACACUCAAAUCGACUGUUUCACGUACAAGCUGUCACGCAUGCGCAUCGAUAAAGACCUGCUUAAUGGUAGUCGUCGACCAACGAAACGUGAGGUUUUGCGGACUCUGAUGAGUAUUUUUGAUCCACUAGGUUUGAUCUCACAGUUCCUGAUGCACCUUAAGAUCACUCUACAAGACAUCUGGCGAACGGGAGUAAAGUGGGAUGAGCAGAUCGAAACUAAGCAAUUUGAGAGCUGGAAGAUCUGGGUGACGAUUUUGCCCGAGCUGGAGAAUUUGAGUAUUCCGAGAUGCUAUCGCCAGAAGACUUCCAUAAUAGCCUUUGAUACGCUGCAAAUGCACUGCUUUGUGGAUGCUAGCGAGCACGGUAUGGCCGCUGUCGUUUACCUGCGAUUCGAGGAGAGCGGUGAAGUUGAGUGUACAAUGAUAGCUGCCAAAACGCGUGUAGCCCCUUUAAAAUACAUGUCGAUUCCGCGUCUUGAGCUUCAAGCAGCUAUUAUCGGGACCAGAUUGGCGGAAAGUGUAACUGCAGGGUUAACAGUCAUACCAUCCAAGCGAUUCUUCUGGUCUGACUCCCGAAAUGUGCUCUGCUGGUUACGAAGCGACCAGAGACGUUAUUCACCAUUCGUUGCGGCCCGCGUGAGCGAAAUCCUGGAGGUUACCGAAAUCCACGACUGGAAAUGGGUACCCACAAAAUGUAAUGUUGCGGACGACGGUACGAGAUGGAAGCGACAACCGGAUAUGAAUUCCAAUGGCAGAUGGUACAAGGGACCGGAGUUUCUGUGGAAAGGUGUUACAGAGUGGCCAGAAAUGCCGUUCAAUGAUUCUGCAACUGAGGAGGAACUGCGGCCCAGCGUACUUUUCCAUACGUUGGUAAUGGAGCCACUAAUUUCAGCACAUAAAUAUUGUAGCUGGAAGAAAUUAAUUCGUGUUACUGCCUGUGUCUUUCGAAUUGUGUCAAAUUGGAAGUUGCGUUUGCAGAAACAAAGCAUUAAUUGUUCACCGUUCACGUCAGAAGAACUCAAGCGAGCCGAACAGUACAACUUGCGCUUAGCUCAACAUGAUGUAUAUUCCGACGAAAUCGCAAUAUUGGAAAAGGGUCGAAAAAGCAAUCAACCAACAAAAAUACCAAAAAACAGUGUGUUGUUCAAAUAUAGCCCGAUCCUUGAUGAUAAUGGAGUGUUGAGAAUGCAGGGAAGAGCGAAGGAGUGUAAGUUCCUAGACAUAGAUGAGAAGUAUCCAAUAAUCUUGCCGGUAGAUCAUCCUGUUACACGUCUACUGAUUAUCAGCUACCGUCAGAAAUUCCAUCAUCGAAACUUUGAAACAGCCAUCAACGAGAUGAGGCAGCGUUUCGCCAUAGCUCGUCUCCGCGUUGCGUUUAAGAAGGCUAGAAGAAAUUGUCAAUGGUGCAAAAACCGAGAUGCGGUUCCACGGCCACCUCAGAUGGCAGUUCUCCCUCCAGGACGAUUGGCGGCGUAUACGCAACCAUUCUCGCAUGUGGGGGUCGAUUACUUCGGCCCUAUUGAAGUUACAGUUGGUAGAAGAGUAGAAAAGAGGUGGGGGGUCUUGUUGACAUGUCUAACGACGAGGGCGGUACACAUAGAGGUAGCAUGUUCCUUGAGCACUACCUCGUGCAUUAUGGCACUCCGGAAUUUCGUUGGCCGUCGAGGCCCUCCGUUGGCUUUCUAUAGCGACAGAGGUACGAAUUUCGUGGGAGCGGAUCGGAAGUUACGCCAUGCACUAGAAGCUAUCAACCAAGAAGAGAUAAUCAACGAGUUCACUAAUCCCGACACCGCCUGGAUUUUCAACCCUCCGGCAUCCCCACACAUGGGAGGAAGUUGGGAACGUCUGAUUCAGGCCGUCAAGCGGAACCUGAUAGAGAUUUUAGGAACCAAACGUCCUAACGAUGAGGAGCUUCGCAAUGUGCUCAUAGAGAUCGAAAGUAUGCUGAACGCAAGGCCGCUCACAUACGUUCCCAUUGACGAGGAGUCUGCACCAGCACUGACACCAAAUCAUCUAUUGUUUGGGUCAUCGGGAGGCAUGAAACCGUUGAGCUUAUGUGACGACAGUGCGGCGAUGGUUCGGCGAGGCUGGCAGAUGUCGCAAGUAAUGGCUAACCAAUUUUGGCAAAGGUGGCUUCGGGAAUACUUGCCGGUGAUCACCAGACGUUCGAAAUGGCACGAGAAGGUUAAACCAAUCCAGGUUGGAGAUAUCGUCGUAAUCGUUGACCCUAAUCUUCCUAGAAACUGUUGGCCUAAAGGCAGAGUGAUCGAUGUUAUGCAGCGCGAUGGACAGGUGCGCAGGGCUACCGUUCAGACUAGCAAGGGGCUAUACGAACGUCCAGCCGUGAAGCUGGCGGUUCUCGAUAUUACGUCUACGGAGCGGGGCGACUCUUCGGAUGGGCGUUUAGAGCGAUAUGAGGCGAACCACAUCAACGGGAUAGAUUCACCGGGGGGGAGUGUGACAAACUCAAGCGACACAAACGAGGAUGAUACGGCUGAACAGGCGGCGGUUAUCAGCGGAAAGAGUUACGAAAGAGUUGUAGAGUACUGUCGGAAAGAUGAUGAGCGGAUCGGUGAACGAGUUGUAGAGAACCUGAACGAGCAGUGGAAGCACGUCCACGAUGCGAUCAGUACUAAAGCGCGAGAAAUGUUGGGUACUACUGUCGCAGCCAUUUCUAGUGAGUGGUUUGAUGCAGAGUGA